AUGUAUCGAAUUCGACAAUCGAAACUAAAAGUAGGAGUUGUUCGCAAGAAUAAUUCCAAAGGAGCUUGCAAGAAGUCAAGAUUUGGAGUAAUGAGCAACAUGAAGAACAAGCUCUUGAUCUUCCUGGCCUGCUCGAUUUUGACAACUGCCUCCAAUGGCCUCAAACAAUCAGCCGAUAUCGGCAAUGCUAACUAUCCGCCUUCGAGCGAUGAAAUACACAAUGAUCCACAGAAGAUGGAUCGUCUCUACAUUCCAUCAGGCACUUAUAAAGUGACCAACAAGGAUCCACACCACCGUACUUACUCCGAACCCCACCCAUCUGACUCCAAAUCCGACCGCUCCCGUUUCCGACGUGAUUCUAAUGAAAACUUCACAAGCAUCGUCGAUCGUAUGGAAAAGAUAUCUCGAGUUGUCAAUGGAAUAUCGAUUCAGCAGGGAAUCAUCAAUGGAACCAUCAAACCGGAUGUUCUCAUCGCUGAGCUUCUCAACUUCGGAAGUGUCUCUUUGUCCGACAUCGAUGGAAUCAAAUUAGAUGAACUUUCGAAGGUUGUCCAGGAUAUUCAAAGUCUUUCGACUACGCUGGCAAAGAAUGAUGAAGUCGCAAGAAUGGAGAAACGACUGACGACAAUUAGCUUAUUUGUUCGGGAAUCAAAUGGUGUCAGUGAGCUGAAAGAACCAUCCAAAGAAUACUCCAAUGCUCUCAUUGCUUGGAAGACUCUCAACGUUGACUGGACUAAAUUCAAUGAAUUAAAUACCUACUAUUUGGGCUUUUUGAAUGCAAUUGAAACCUUCAAAUCUCAAUCUGUAGCUGUUGGUGACAUCAAUCUUGGCAUUUCGACGCUGACGUACUUAGUCAACAGUUUGGCUGCUGGAAAUUUGGAUACCUAUUCUGACACUUUGAAAUCUGACGUUCUCCGGAAGGCAGACUCCAUUUUUGCUCCAUUCAUCAGUUUUCAAAAAAGUGUUGCUUCCUUCCGGAAGAACGAGAAUCUCUUGAUGUAUAGUUCAACGAGGGACAGAACACCGUUAGGUGCUCUUCGAGAUAAGUUGAAUGCGUUGAAUGAGGUCGGCAAAGGUGCGAAAGCGCAUCUCUCGAAUGUUUCCAAGUUGGGUCAACUAUUCAUCGGCCGUCACCAUAGGAGUUCUGGAAACAUUUUGAUUCACACGAAUGGAUUUCCUAAUGGUUUCAAAGAUCUGGAGCAGGUUUCGGAUGAUUUGAAGGAUCCGUGGAUUGAACAAGCAGUUGAUGGACAAUCGGAAUCUCUGGCAAAAGCAUUGGUUCAGCUGAGGACUCUGGCGAGAGCCACUCGUUCUGUUGAUGAAACUAUGGGUCCCAAAACAAAUGCGGAGACUGUGAGUAUGGCUGACAUUCACAAGAAAGUUACGAUGCUGUCAGAAAUGAAUCAUCCACUCGCUGAUGUUGCUGGCAAACUUCAAGAUAUUCAAAAUGCUUGCUCGUCAGUCAACGUGCAGCCUGACAGUCAAGAUGCCUUUGUUCUCUUGCAGAACCAAAUAGUUGAGUUCACAAAGAAGUUGAAAGCAGUCGAUCAUGUGAUCGCUGUGACCCAUACCUUGAACACGGACAAGAACACUCAGCUGACAGCCGUGUCUCACAUUUGCAAGUCUCAUGUGGGGUCGAAUUAUGCUGAAACACAGGAAAAUCUGAAAACCAGCAAGGAAUAUCAAGAAAUUGUUGACUUGAUACUGCCACUCAAUGCUUCACUCGGAUUGAUUGGAAAAAGCGCUUCGUUAGAACCACUAAGUAACAUACUGCAGAACUAUACAACGAUUGCAACUUAUGUGAAAGAAUCCACAUCGUUCACAAGCAUGCUGAAGAAUCUUCAAGGAAUCAAGGAAUUGAGUCAAGUCGAUGAAGUGCUCGAUGCUCUUCGUAGUCAUCGGGAUAUCAAGAUUUCCAAUUUCGAUCCCGUCGCUGCGAAACUUGAAAAAGUCCGUCCGAAGCUGAAAGACCUUCAAUCUUCGAUUGGAAACAUGAAAGGAGCUGACAGUUUGGAGAAGAAGUCGUUGGUCGAGAUUCGCGAUCUAUUCAAGGAUUCACAGAACAUUGGUGGAGCGACUCGUGUCUUCCGGAGCAUGCGGAUGGUGAAGAAGAAGAACCAGACAGUGAUGACUCCAGCGAUGGAGAAGUUGAUUCAGAAUCAGUUGAAACACGUGAGUCAGCCACAACAGGACCAGUUGAAUCAGUUGCUCGGAUUGGACAAAGAAUUGACGACCUUGAUCGCCGCAAUUGAUAAGAUCGAGACUUCUGUGACGCCAUCACCAUCUACUGAUCUGGUCUCCCUCUGGCCGAUUUUCUCACUUGCUAAUGGAUCCCAAGGAAUUCCAAUGGACUUUUUGGAAAUCAGUGAGACAAUCGAUGAGCUAUCGAAGGACCCAAAUCUGAAGAGCCAUCAACAGGACCUUCUGAAGAUCAAGGAUGACUUGGACUCUUUGGAUUCGCUUGGUUUGGACUACUCGAAGCAUCAGACUGCGAUCAAGGAAACCGAGGAAUCGUUGAAGCAACUCGACUUAUUUUUUGAGUUGUUUAAGAAGAAGAUAACUCCGAAAAAUGUAUCUCAAGACAGAAAGGGACCAUUGGAGAAGAGACCAACAGGUGAAGGCAAGAAUCCAAGUAGUGAUUCUAGAAGAUCGGAGAAGAUUGAACAGAAGGGAAGCCAUCACCAAGAUACGAACUUCAAAAGGUUUCCGAAUCCACGCGACAAAAAAUAUUCGUACCCAACUUCCACAAAAUUCAAGAGUAGUGGCGCGGCGAAGAAGCCAAAGUUGACAGAUAAGAAGGAUUCUGGAGUCGAUGCGAAAACUCUUUAUGUGGCGAUGGGCGGAGCACCGAAAUCGGUACCGUAUUAUUCAGAAGAGGAGGAAGAAGAAGAGGAGGAGAUGGAUUUUGACUCCGCCCCCACGUCGUCAGAAGCGGCUUUCAGACGCCCCAGAAUUGAUCCACGUCGGGAUCCAAUACCGUACUUCUGCCCACAGCAAUACCGUAUUUCGGAGGAGAUUGAUUUUGAGCCAAGAAUUCCAAAAUAUGAUCUGUCUUCUGAGAUUCAGAAACAACCGGAAAGAGUACCGUACUUCCCUGAGGCUCCAAAGGAGAAAGAGGAGCCCGAGGAGGCGGAGCCAAAAGAGAGACAAUACAACCACCGUUCCUAA